AAUACCUCCAAAUCCCUCUGUUUUCAAUCUAUCUAUUCCCAUUUUCAAUCUAUAGCUUAAUCAGUCAAUCAAGCCAUGGCGAUCAGAAAAUCCAGCAAGCUGCCGCUCCAAUCGGCCGUUUUAAAGCAGAUCCUGAGGAGAUGUUCCAGCAUCGGGAAACGAAACGGCUGCGAUGGAGACGAGGCGGCGCCGCCGGUGGACGUCCCGAAGGGGCACUUCGCGGUGUACGUCGGGAAGAACAGAACGAGACACAUCGUCCCGAUCUCGUUUCUCAGCCACCCGGAGUUCCAGUGCCUCCUCCGGUGCGCCGAGGAGGAGUUCGGGUUCGACCACGACAUGGGCAUCACUAUCCCCUGCGAGGAGGUCGUUUUCCGGUCACUAACUUCCAUGCUCAGAUAGGAUGAACGGCGGCGGUGACGGCGUCGUUCUUUUAACCUGCGGCGGCGGCGGCCAUUCUGGAUUUGUUUUUUUUCUUUUGGUAGAGCUCAAUUAGGGCCUUGUAGGCUUUAACCGACCCGACCCGUGAUUUUUUUUCUUUUAAUGGGUUAGAUUUGUUGUACCUUACAAACGGGUUGAGAUGUACGGUGUUUCCUUUGGUGGUGUGCGUUCGUGAUACGCCCUUUGGAGAACAACCUUCAUUAAUGGCAUCCAACUUUUGCAAUUUGCCCCCUCUUCUCUCUAUAUUUGCACAGAUUCAUC